AUGGACUCACUCGAUCUCUCUGCAUGGGUUGGCAAACCACCGGAGCGCCCCAAGAUCAUCGAUCCAUCCCCCCAAGAAGAGCAGAUUCUGGUAUCACCACUGAGCGAUGAUUCCGACAAUGCCCCGCCUCCACCCGCCGCCUCUCCAUCAGAUUCCCCUAGUGAGGUUCGCUCCAUUCACGACGAAGACAACAUCCACGCCACCGCUCAAGUCCAGCUCGACACAGAUUCGGAAUCGGGUUCGGGUGGUCCCGAUAACAGCCUCGAACAUGUCCCUCUGCAUACACAGGAGAACAUAUUCAUUGACAUCCCAAGUCUAUCAAAUGAAGAGAAAGAAGAGUACAAAUUUCUCCCCGGCCACUUCAGCUUGCGGAAGAUCAUAAGUCAACGUGGGGCCAGUCAAUACCUAGUAUCUCGUGAGAGUGGUGAGCGGAGCAUCCUAUCAUCACGUCAAGUUCGUGACCUUGACCAAGGCUCCGACGUCUUAAGACAAUUUCACAAGACAGGGCGUUCCACUCGAGACAAGGCCAAUAUCAACAAGCCUAACAGCGAUGGACUCCUCGACUGGACCACAAUCAAUUUCUCCGACUCCGAUCCGGAAGUCCGCGGACGACGGGACAAGGUGCAGGAUCAAGAUGAGUCCGACGAAUCCGGUUCCGCAGGCACAAACUCUGCCUCAGAUGAAGCGUCAGAUGCAGAUCAAGAUUCCUCAAGUCAUUCUCCAGCCCGUGGACGGAGAUCUGCACGUUUGAAAGGAUCCAAAAAAAUUGGUUAUCAAAGACAAGAGUCAGACGAUUCUGACGUACAACCAAGAAGAAGCGCCCGGACGCGUAGGACAGUGGCUGAAGCGACUGAAGAGAGAUAUCCAGGCAGGCUCCGACGAGGAAAACCUUCCUUAAAGUCUUCUCCUGAGCCAGAGCUUGCUACCAGAAGAUCAGCGAGAACAACUGAAAAGCCUAGACGUUCCAUGCGUGAAAGACAAGAGGACGACAUAUCCAGCCAUGAGGAACAAAAGGCCGGGCCAAAGAUCGUCGCCGCGAAAGAAUACUUUGAUAGGAUUCCUGAAAACGACCCAUUUCGAAGACGCCAUCGUCAAGAAUGUGAUACCUGCUAUUUCAAAGGCGAUGGAACAGUCAAAGGCCCCUUGGUCUUCUGUCAAGGUUGUACCUGUGCCUUCCAUAAGCAAUGCCUUGGCUCUCGAGGCAGUCGAGACCACUUGGUCACCAAAGUGGGUGAAUAUCUCUUUGUCCUCCAGUGUCGCCGAUGUAUUGGAUUGGCUCAUGAAAAGGAUCCCUCGGUUCCUCAUCAAGGAGUUUGUGUGGCGUGCAACAAAUAUGGACCCGCAACGAAGCCUCUUCGACAUCGCCUCUCUACUCAUCAAGAGCAAUUACAGCGAGAGGAGAAUGGUGGCAAAGAUCCCAUCACAAUCGUCAAUCCAAAUACAGUAAACAAUGUCUCCAACGUCUUGUUCAGAUGCUCUCAGUGUGUUCGUGCUUGGCAUAUGCACCACCUCCCGGAGCGCAAGACGAACCAAUCUGCAAUGGAGGAGGAUGAUGGGAAUGAAGCAAUAACCGAAGCCCAGCUGGGUCAAAAAAGAUUCGAUUACUACCACCGAUCAUGGAAGUGCAAGGAUUGUCUCGAGAACCAAUAUCAGAUUGAUGUCCUUGUAGCAUGGAAGCCAGUCAAUAUUGAAUCUUACAUUCCUGGCACUACAGUUGAUCAGAUGCCGGAGAUUGAAAAAGAGUAUCUAGUCAAGUGGCGCGCACAAUCUUACUUUCGCACAAACUGGAUGCCGGGACUCUGGGUAUGGGGCAUUGCAGCAAACGCUAUGAAAGCGUCCUUCAUGAAGAAGCCAGAGAAUCAACUACCCAAGAUGUCGACGACUGAUGCCAUUCCAGAGGAGUUUUUUCGAAUUGAUAUCGUUUUUGAUGUUCGUUACUCGAGUAUGGUACGGAACAGCUCGAAAGAAAUUGACCUAGCUCGCGCGAAGGAGGUCGAUACUGCGUUUGUCAAAUACAAAGGUCUCGGGUAUGAAGACGCCAUUUGGGAGAAACCUCCCGCCUAUUCAGACACCGAACGCUGGAAUGACUUUCAAUUUGCCUACACAGACUAUGUAACGAAACUGCAUCUCUCAAUCCCGGUACAAGGAUCUUUACGAAGACACCUUUCACAGAUCCGAACACAGGAUUUUCAGUCUGCCUUGAUACGGAAGCAGCAGCCUCCUAAUAUGACCGGCGGUGAAUUGAUGACGUAUCAGCUUGAAGGCUUGAAUUGGCUACUGUACCAAUGGUUCAAGAAUCAAAAUGCGAUACUCGCUGACGAAAUGGGGCUGGGAAAAACCAUUCAACUUGUGGCAUUUUUUGCCUCCUUGGUCCAUGACCACAAGUGCUGGCCUUUUCUGGUCGUCGUGCCAAACGCCACAGUUCCCAAUUGGCGCCGUGAGAUACAAAAAUGGGCCCCUACUCUGCGAGUCGUUACUUAUCAUGGCUCAUCAAUGGCCAGGAAGCUUACCCAUGACUUUGAACUCUUUCCAAAGGAUAAGGACGAUGACGGCCACCGAGACCACAAGAAGAGAUCUUCUGAGGCAAAAGACAUCAAAGCUCACGUCGUGAUCACCUCGUAUGAUUCUAUCAUUGAGGAGAAGACAAGGCAUAGUCUCAUGAAAGUACCUUGGCAAGGACUUGUUGUCGACGAAGGCCAACGGUUGAAGAGUGAUAAGACCCAAAUCUACGAAAUCCUGUCCAAAUUCAGAUUCCCAUUUAAGGUGCUUCUGACAGGAACGCCCUUGCAGAACAACGCCCGCGAGCUCUACAAUUUACUACAAUUUCUUGAUAAGAGCUUCAAUGCGGCAGAAAUUGAGGCGAAGUACGCCGAAUUGACACAGGACAAUGUAGCAGAGUUGCACGAGACAUUGCGCAAAUUCUUUCUACGAAGAACUAAAGCGCAAGUCUUGACAUUCCUACCACCAAUGGCCCAGAUCAUCAUCCCUGUAACCAUGUCUACAGUACAGAAGAAAGUUUACAAGUCGAUACUGGCCAGGAAUCCACAGCUGAUGAAGUCAAUCUUCUCACGAGACCAGGAAUCAGGGGGUAAGGAGCGGCAUAGUCUUAACAACAUCUUGAUGCAGCUGCGGAAGACUUUGUGCCACCCAUUCGUCUACAGUCGAGACAUUGAAGAGAAGACCAGCGACACCGAACUCGCUCAUCGGAAUUUGGUAGAUGCAUCAUCCAAACUGCAGCUGCUGUCACUUAUGCUACCUAAACUGCAAGAACGAGGGCAUCGUGUACUCAUCUUCAGCCAGUUCCUUGGCAAUCUGGACAUCGUGGAAGACUUUUUGGAUGGUUUAGGUUUCCAGCAUCGCCGAAUUGACGGAACCAUCAAUUCAAUGGAGAAACAAAAGCGCAUCGAUGAAUACAACGCACCCAACUCACCCUACUUUGCCUUCCUACUCUCAACACGCGCUGGUGGGGUUGGUAUCAACCUGGCCACAGCUGAUACCGUGAUCAUUAUGGAUCCGGAUUUCAAUCCACACCAAGACAUUCAAGCACUUUCUAGAGCUCAUCGAAUCGGACAGAAGACCAAGGUUUUGGUGUUUCAAAUUAUGACGAGAGAUAGCGUUGAGGAAAAGAUUAUGCAGAUAGGCCGGAAAAAGAUGGCAUUGGAUCAUGUGUUGAUCGAACGCAUGGACCGCGACGAUGAUGCAGGUGAUGAUCUUGAAACGAUUUUGCGACAUGGCGCGCAAGCCUUGUUCGAAGACGGGACCGCGGACGAGGACAUUGUGUACGACUCUGCGUCGAUCGAUCGCCUCCUUGAAAGAUCUCACAUUGAGAACACCAAGAUCAGCGACGAACAGUCGGCCGAAUCACAAUUCAGUUUUGCGCGUAUAUGGACCAACGAGAAGGGUGUGCUAGAGGACGAUUUUCAACUCAAGACCGGAACAACUACGCCGAAUCCUGGGAUCUGGGAUAAGAUUUUGGAAGAGAGACAAAGAAUAUUCGAUGAAGAGCAAGCUGCCAAAGCGCAAGCCUAUGGUAGGGGUAAGCGCAGAAGAGAGGCGGUGGAUUAUGGUACGGAUGGUGGAAAGGGCAGCCCUGGACACAAGCGUGUCCGGCGAUCGGAGGUAGUGGACCAUGAAUAUCAGGACGGCGAAGUCGAAUCAACGGAUGAUGAUGAUGAUGAUGAUGAUGAUGAUGAUGAUGAUGAUGAUGAUAAUGAUGAUCUGCGCGGUGAAGACACCAACGACAUGAAGCGCAACCCACGGGCACAGAGAGGUAGACCCGGCCUUUCAAACGCAUACGAGUUCCCCUUGGACAAGCUCCCGUGUUUAAUGGAGAAGGUGGAUAUGAUUUUGGAUAUGUGUCGCAAAUGCCGCCGAUGCACUGGUGUUCUGCAUGCGGCGAGCAGCAUGCUAUGGGUUGGUGUCGACUCAAGGUUGCUGGGGUUGAACACUGCGGACUGUGCGGGCUUGCUCAUCUUGGACACGGUAGAACCUGUCCACAGCUGA